CCACCCCCACCGUGUUCCCUCCUCUCCUCUUCUUUCCGUUCGCAACAGUUUCUCUCUCUCUCUCUCUCUCUCUCUCUCUCUCUCUCUAUCCCCCUGCCUUCUUUUCAAUUUCACAAUCUCUCUUCUCUUACAUCCCCUAAUUCCCAACCCUUAUAAAUAAAACCCCUCUCUUUUUUGUUCUUCUCUCUCUUCCUCUCUCUAUCGUUAGGGCACACCCCCUGCGUUCACCCCACCCUCUUUCUCGACUGCGAUUCGUCGCCGGGUUUGAGUUGCAUAAGAUAAUUUCGUACCAAGAUGAGCACUCGGUCAGGCAGGGGGGCUAUAAAAAGUUACAGACGGAGGAAGACAGGUUUGGAAAUUGACCUUAAUCAGGAGCCUGGUGGUGAGAAUCGUGAGCUGGAAGGACCUUCAACUCAGGUGGAACCCCAACAAGUUCAAGCUUCCCAGCAACAGCAGGCUGUACAGAUGCCACAGCCAGCACAGCCUGCAACAAUUGAUGUGGAGGCCAUUGUUGAUGAUGAUGUUGUUGAAUCUAGCCCAAGGGCUUUUGCUGAGGCUAAAAACAAUGCCAGAAACAAUGCGAGAAGAAAUCGUGAGAGGACUAUAGUUGAUGUGGAUUUAGAAGAUCAGAAUAGGAUAACCAACUAUUGCCGCAACAAACGCAGAAGAGAGUCCUCAAGUCGAACAGUUAUUAAUUGUGAUCUUUACAUUAACUUGGAAAGCAGUAGCAGUUCUAUGAGGGAACCUGUUCAAAAGGCCCCUGAACCUCCAAAGGAGCCGGUCUUCAACUGUCCAAUAUGCAUGGGUCCCCUGGUUGAAGAGAUGUCAACAAGGUGUGGUCAUAUAUUCUGUAAGAGUUGCAUCAAAGCUGCAAUAAGUGCUCAGAGUAAAUGCCCUACAUGUAGAAAAAGGGUUACUGUGAAGGAGCUUAUAAGGGUUUUUCUGCCAUCGACUAGCUGAAGGAUUUGCAUUACAGCUCUUUUAGAGUGGGGAGUGGAUGAAUUUUCUGAGUGGCUGUUUCUGAUAUUGUUCCCCACGGCAGAAGCUUUAUCAUUUGUUAAAGUAGCUGUUUCUCUCCUUUAAUUUAUGAUAAUAUCAAUGUCAAUUACACAAAUUUCCUUGACAGAUAUAAAUUCCUUGCUCAGUUUUUUAGAGCUUCAAAUUGUGAACCCUCCUUCUUCAGUCUUUUUUUUUUUUUAAUCUUCGAUGACAAUAUGUGGCCAGAGGCCGCUUAUGACCCAUUCUUGAAUAUUGGACUCAAGGGAUUUGUGUGUGUAUAUUAAUACCCCUAUGAGUGUAGUAAUAGGAUCUCUUAGUUGCCAGCAUUAUUAUUAUUAUUAUUAUUAUUAUUAUUAUUAUUAUUAUUAUUA